AUCGCGCGCGAGAAGCGCGCGGAGCUCGCGCACUACUUCGAGACGAUCGACGAGGAUAACUCGGGCGCCAUCUCGACGGAUGAGCUCGCGGGCGCGUUCGAAGUCCUCGGCGUGCGCGCGUCGCGCGCGAAGAUCGAGGAGAUGAUGACCCAGGUGGAUGAGGACGGCAGCGGCGAGGUGGAGUUCCCGGAGUUCCUCACGCUCAUGACGACGCGCCUG